AUAUACACGUCUCUUUACUUACAUCUAGAUCAUGAGAAGCUUAGAAAAAAAGACCAAUAAUUGUUUUUUCUCUCUCUCUCUCUCUCUCUCUCCUAAUUUUGAACCCUGUUCACUUCUUUUUUGAUCACUAUGAUGGAACACGAAGGCAAUAACAAGGUGAAUGGGAUGGAGAUUGAGAAAGGAAAAAGAGAGAGUGGGUCGAGAAAAGGAGUCGAGUUAACGAUGAGAGUGUUGGCUUUGAUCCUAACAAUGACGGCUGCAAUAAUACUUGGUGUCGCUAAACAGACAAAGGUUGUUUCUCUAAAGGUUAUUCCCACCUUGCCUCCCCUUGAUGUCUCUACAACCGCCAAAGCCUCUUACUUGUCUGCUUUUGUGUACAACAUUUCUGUAAACGCUAUAGCCUGCGGUUACACAGCAAUCUCAAUAGUGAUUCUGAUGAUGAGCAAAGGCAGAAGAAGCAAAGGCUUGUUAAUGGCGAUUUUGAUAGGAGAUCUAGUGAUGGUGGCUUUGCUAUUUUCCGGCACCGGAGCAUCCGGAGGAAUCGGUCUAAUGGGUAAACAAGGGAACAAACAUGUGAUGUGGAAAAAAGUUUGUGGCGUUUUUGACAAAUUCUGUAACCAAGUUGCUGUUUCAGUUGCUAUCACUCUUCUUGCUUCAAUUGUGUUUAUGGUUAUUGUUGUUCUUGAUGCUAUGAAACUUCCUUAGUCUUUUUUUAAGUAAGACCCCUUUUAAUAACCAGGAAACGGAAUAAGGUUUUCUUGAUUUGCUCAGUUUCUGCUCGUCGGUUUGUGUUAUGUAAAGUCAUCAUCAUCAAUUAUGUAAUUUUUUUUCAAUGUUUGAUUUUUUUUCGUUGUCUAUAUUGUGAGAAGAUUAUUCAAUUA